AUGGCUUCUCCAACCACCACCACCACCACCACCGCAACCACCGCUUUCAUGGAACGCCUGACCUACCGCUGCCAUUGUUGCAACUGCGACGUAUCCCCUUCACCAUCCUCCUCCUCCUCUUCCUCCGACACAACCAUCUCCACAACCUCUCUCCUCUGCCCUAACUGCAACUGUGACUGCCUCGAACAAGUCAUUUCCAACAAUAACCCUAACCCUAAUUACCCAAAUCAACAUUCUUCUCAAUUAUCAUUUCCAUCCUUUGAUCCAUCUAUACCGACAACAACCGCCGAUUCCUCCAGGACUUUCCCUUUCCCCUCCGUCACGGCUUCCGACGACAACUUCCUCCUCGACAGCCCUUACCUCCACCGCUUAAUCAAUCAUCUUACUAAUUCCAGUGACUCAUCACCUUCGACAACGACCGUCACAACAUCUCUCCAUCACUCCCCUACAUCGAAGUCCGCCAUCGAAGCCAUCCCUUUGGUUAAGAUCACUUCCGCGUUCCUUGACAUCGAUCCGAUCGUCCUCUGUGCUGUUUGUAAAGAUCAGUUUGUAAUUGAUGACGAGACCAAGCAGUUGCCUUUUGCCAAGAGAACCGAUGUUGAUGAUGAAGCAAUGUUGGGAAUUGGAUUCAGCAAUCUUCAGCACCAAUACAUGCAUUCAGAAUUCGACCCUGAUGUUAUGUUUCCCUUGACUCACAUCGGGCAAACUGUUGAAGUCGAUGUGCUACCUGAUUCCGGACAGGAUAAUGGCUUAGAGACACAGACACCCAGUUGGCCAAAUUGGCGUGUGAAUGGGGUAGCUGUUGAUGGUGGAGACACCGGUGUAAAUGGUGGUUGGAUAGAUGAUUCUGAUUCUGCAAAUUCAAUGCCUUGA